GCGCUGGGAGGGGGCGGGGCGGGGGCUGCAGGUCGCCGGGGCUCCGCGCUGCUGAGCGGGGCGGUGGGAUCGGGCCGGAGCGGUUGCCGUUGGCGGGAGGAGCCGGAGUUGUGCUGCUGUGGCCGAGUCGGCGACAGGCAGCCUGUCCUGCAAUGAACCAGUGUGCCUGAGGCCUGGUAGCCAGGGGGAUGGAGCUGAAGGUCUGGGUGGAUGGAAUCCAGAGGGUCGUCUGCGGCGUCUCAGAACAAACCACCUGCCAAGAAGUGGUCAUUGCCUUGGCACGGGCUAUCGGUCAGACAGGCCGCUAUGUGCUGGUGCAGAAGCUGCGGGAGAAGGAGCGUCAGCUGCUGCCGCUGGAGUGCCCCUUGGAGUCCCUGGCCAAGUGUGGGCAGUAUGCCAGUGAUGUGCAGUUUGUCCUGCGGCGGACGGGCCCUAGUGUGGCCGAGCGACCCUCCUCAGAGGGUGCUCCCCAAGCUCCUGAGAGGACGUUCAUCCGGGCCAGCUUGCCCAUCAAGCCCAGACCUGCCAGCACGGAUGCAUCCCGUUCCCGGGAGCCAAAAAAAUCCAUGACCUUCAGCUUGGGUCCUACAGGCUCCAGUGAUCCAUUUGCCAUGAGCCGCUGGAGACACCAAGUGCAGGAAGGGAUGGACUUGGAAGGCCGUGGAGUCAUCCAGCCCUCCAAGGAGGAACUGUUUAGGAGGGUGCUGUGGCAGCAGGAGCAACUGCAUUCCUUGGAGGCCCAUGGUGUCACUCUGGAGACGGACCUACGGCUCUGGGAGUGUGGCCGGUUUGCUGGCCAGGAGGAUGAGAUCCUCUAUCUGGAGCACCUGGUGCGGAGAAAUGAGACAGAGCUGGGCGAGGAGGAGUUUUGGCAGAGUGAGCUCUGGCUGGAGAAGGAGUGUGAGCGGGAGCGGCAGGAGCGGGUUAGGAGCCUGCGGGCCAGCCUGGAGGAGUACACCCAGAGGAUCUACGAGCUGAGUGCCCAAACCGAAGCCCUGCAGGAGGAGAUCCAGUGGGAGAUGGCUGAGAGGGCCAAGAGGGGGAAGGAGACUCCUGUACCCAGCCCCACAGAGCUGGAGGACAUGGCUGCCAAGAUGAAGAGAGACCUGGAGGCCAAGGUCAAGCAAGGCACCCAGCUGGAGAGCAACCUGGCCAGCGUGGAGAAAGCCCUAGAGGAAGCCGAAAGGAAUCUACAGGCCCAGACCCAAGAGCUGGAGGAGUUAAAUAAGGAGCUGAGGCAGUGUAAUUUGCAGCAGUUUAUUCAGCAGACGGGGGCCACGGUGACCGUCCUGCAGGCCAGGUCCGAGGAGGACGCCCAGCCGGAGCCGAGCCCGCGCGAGCUGCCAGCCUGCCGGAAAAACGGAGGUUUUCCUCUCACCACCAGCACUGACUCGCCUCCCCGAGCCAGCAGCAAGCAGCUCAUCGGCCAUCCCAGGACUCUGCCGGAGCCCCUGGUGUCCAGCCUGAACCCCGAGGUGGUAUCAACCAGACAGAGCAUCUGGAGAUAGAAGGGCCCAGCCAGUGGAGGAUUGAUUGCCUUGCAAGUGUAACUGUACAAAUAAACCAUAUUUUAUAUAUA